AUGCGACAGCAAAACUCGACGCGGGGCUGCUUUCUCUCGUCUUUCGAGGACUCAGGAAAGAAUUCGUUUAAAGCGACUGGAACUCGCCCCUUUUUUCACAUACUCCUCGAGAACAUUGAGGUAUUCUUCCAUUGCCGUCUUUCAGUGACCUUUUCCGGGGUUCGGCAAUACCACCGUCGGCUUCCUUCUUAUGAUUCGUUCUCUCCUCCAAGCUACUCUUACGGUAGUAGUCUUGGAAGCAAAGGUAAUAUGGAUAUCUAUGAUUCGAGUAUCUUCCCACGGGCUAGAACCGGUGGGGAGAUAAACCUCCUUCCUGGACUGGAGAGAUGGAAGAAGGAAAGCUCUCUGAAAGCCCCCCCGCUGAUAGCAAAAGAAAUGCAAAGAAAGAGCGGGCGGAAUGCCACAUCGCGAGAGGAAGAAGAUCCGUUCCCAACCGUCUUUCUUGAGGAGCGAAGAAAACCCACUCCAACCAAUAGAGAACCAUUAACUUCCUUCACAACUCAUACGAGCCAACUUCCUCUCAUCCUCAAUCACUGCCGCCUUUUCUUCGCUCUGUCCUUUUUUACUACAUCUGCUCAUUGUGACUCGUUCAACCUAGGGCUAACGCGCCUAGCGUUUUACGACAUCGGCUUAAAAGCAUACAGUCAAGCUCGUUUCCGGGUGUUUUCACCUCCGAACGGAGUAAGAAAAGAUACUGCAGACAAAAGGGGCUAUCUAUUCCACGGCUACAGAUUGUGCCAAGAACGGCACCUAAAAGCCCCAUACAGCGCACUUCGCGCCACAAAGGGCCUAGUGAGUUACGGGAGGGAAGCUUUAAACAAGGGAUUCGGCAGUUUGCCCUGCAGAAGCAGAAAGAGAGCUAGCAUAAGGUCUAGCGAGCCUACAGUUUCCACCGUAGCAGAUCAAGACAAGACCGAGUAG